AACAAUCCAACAGAAGCAUCCAGCUUUAAUUUUGUUGCCAAUUCUGCUCCUUUUAUUACCUCAUAAAUCACGAAAAGUCAAUUGGGUUUCUUCUCUCUCGGUAGCACCAGAGAGGGAGAGGGAGAGAGAGAUGGCAGCGAUGGGUAUCAAUGGCGGGUUAGUAGAGAGGGAUGCGUCCAGAGCUCAUGCGGCAAUGGCGCUGGUGCAGCUUGUCAAUGGUGGGUAUCAUGUAAUUACAAAAGUUGCUCUUAAUGUUGGUGUCAACCAGCUUGUCUUCUGCGUAUUUCGUGAUCUUCUUGCUGUCGCUAUUCUUGCACCCGUGGCCUAUUUCCGGGAAAAAAGGAUUCGACCACCCAUGACUAGACGCAUCCUUCUGUCUUUCUUCUUUCUUGGGUUAACAGGGAUAUUUGGAAACCAGCUUUUAUUUCUCAUUGGUUUAGGCUACACAAAUCCAACUUAUGCUGCUGCAAUACAGCCCUCAAUUCCAGUCUUCACAUUUCUCCUGGCAGUAAUGAUGGGUACAGAACGAGUAGAUUUACUUAAAACUGAAGGUCAAGCGAAGGUUGGAGGUACCUUAAUCUGUGUUUUUGGUGCAAUUUUAAUGGUUCUAUUCCGUGGCCCUGCUUUGCUCGGAGUGGACAUGGACUUUUCUGUACAAAAUCAGAUAAGUGUCAGGGGUCAACCAGAGCCUGCUGGAUGGCUUGUGUCUAGUUUUCUCGAGUUUGGGCUAGAGCAUUGGCACAUUGGGGUUUUAUGUUUGAUAGGGAACUGUAUGUGCAUGGCUGCUUUCCUAGCGAUUCAGGCUCCUGUUUUGGCAAAGUAUCCUGCCAACAUUUCUGUCACAGCGUAUUCAUAUUUGUUUGGUGUCAUAUUGAUGGUAACAACAGCAUUCUUUGUGACCAAUGAAUCAACAGACUGGCAUCUGACACAGUCUGAGCUUUCUGCAGUAUUGUACGCUGGAAUCGUUGCAUCUGCCCUCAAUUAUGGACUCCUGACAUGGUGCAACAAGAUUUUGGGGCCCUCUUUAGUUGCUCUUUAUAAUCCCCUCCAACCUGCAGCAUCUGCCUUCCUCUCGAGAAUUUUCCUUGGCAGUCCUAUUUAUUUGGGAAGUGUUGUAGGUGGCUUUCUAAUUAUUGCUGGUCUGUAUUUGGUCACUUGGGCAUCCUACAGAGAUAAACAAGCAACUGUGGUGAUGAUUCCUCAGGUUGUGCGGCCUUCGGAACCCCUGGUCCACAAAGAUGCAUCAAUUAACAGAAUGCCAUUCCAUAGAGGACUUAUCUUCUCAGGGGCAGCUGUCUUACCAAAAUCAAGAGAUUAGAUAUGUAAAGUUUAUUAUGAUAAUAAUGCUCUUUUUAAACCUUUUCUUCAGAUGAAAAUAGCUUGGGUCAACACACAUUCACUCUCGUUCAUGUAGUAAAAAGGGAAAAUCAACAUAAUAUAGAGGAUGGACCUUUUUUUUUCGCUGCAUGUUAUUGUUUUCUCCGUUGGCACUAUCAUUUUAUAUGAUUUAUCCCUUUAAUGUGAGUAUAUG